AAAACUGUCAAAAUUGUAUAGAAACAACGAGUUUACUAUUAAAUUAAAUUAGAAAUUAAUUUUUAAAUAACUUAAAUUAAACUCGCUUAAAAUGAGCAACUCCGCUUUGGCAAGCUUGACGGCUCAAUAUACUGAUUCGGAAAAUGAAGAUCAGGAGCAAUCACCAGACUCGCAAAAUUCCCAAACAUCAAUUGUUAUUAUACCACCUCCAAGACACACUCCACAACAAACUCCGGAGAAACGCAAGGCAGCUUCACCGCCCAAAAAGAAAAAGAAGAAAUCCCGAGAUGUUAAACGUUUGGUAAGCUAUCAAGAUGACACGAUUAUCUCUGAUGAUGAAAGGAAUGACAACGACGAGGAUGAUAGCCCUGAGACUUUGUCCAGUGAAGAUUCAGAAGAUGAAAAUGUCAUUAAAAUAGAAGAUGGACAGACACCACAACGCAACGGUGGUACACCCAUAGAAAUAGAUGACGAUUCUACCGAGAAGCCGGGCAAGGUUAAAGAUAAAUAUGCCCGCUUUUCUCAUUACGGCUUUACAUUGCCACCCGAGCCGAAAGGCAAACCUUUGCCCGAGCUGACUGAGAAAAUCAAUCAACUCUAUGAAAAAAUGGAAAGCAACAACAUGGAUAUGAAUCGCAUCAUCCAGCAACGUAAGGAAUUCCGUAAUCCCAGUAUUUAUGAGAAACUCAUUCAGUUUUGUGACAUCAACGAAUUUGGUACAAAUUACCCGCCCGAGAUAUACGAUCCAUUGCAAUGGGGCCCAGAAAGUUACUAUGAAGAGUUGGCCGUAGUACAAAAGAAUGAAAUGUUGAAACGCCAGAAGGAAAAGAAAGACUCGGGAAAAAUUGAACAGGUUUCGGCCUUGGCUCGUAAAGUUGAGGAGGAAGCCAAAAAGAGAAAAUCUAAAUGGGAUCAACCUGCAACUGUCAACAAACCCACUGUGCCGCCCUUGACCACAACUGUAACCGGUACUAAAGGAACUGUUAUCUCUGCAUUUGGUUCGUUACCUAAGAAACCAACCGCUUAGGCGUUUCUUUGUAAUAUUAAGUUUGUGUAGUCUGUAAGUUAGUUCAAUAAAACAUUCAAUUCAAAUGUCAA